AUGCAUGAAGAUUUACGUCGACGCGCCCUGGAAAGCGGCAAGACCGUGUCCAACAAGGCCAAAUCAAAACCCACUUCUCGUGGCAGCUCAAAGGCAAAUUCUGCAGCGAACUCACGCGCAGCUUCUCGCAUCCAGAGCAGAGAUGCCUCCGACGAUGAAGAUCCAGGCAAUGGAAAUCUCAGUGAUGAGACCACCCAAAGGCAUCUUCUCGAAAGUGAUGAUUUCAAUGAGCAAUCCACCGAAGUCCUUCGACAAGAACUCCAAGACACAAUCGCACUCAUCUUGGAUCGCAAGGGCACUAGUAGUGGCAGUCGCGAAUCUUCUUUGGCCAUAUAUGUCAAGUGUCUCACAUCCCACUAUCUAGCUGAAGGACUCUAUGGCCGAGUCAGCGAGCUAUUAGCUGCAUUCAGUCGCAGUGUCAAGGCAGAAGCCACUGAGAAGGAAGCCACACUUGCCUUGCGAGCCAUUGCUCUCACAGCAAUCACAUACGAAGACGACUCUCUGUACGAUUCGGUUUCCUCUCUGCUCAAACGCACUAUCUCCGACUCACAGUCGCUACCCAUCAAAGCAGCUGCUGUCUAUUCUCUCGCAAUCUGCAUCUCCUUUGGAGGAGCUGGCGAAGAAGAAAUCCUAGAUGUACUGACUUUUCUCCUCGAGAUUGCAUCUAGUGACGGGUCCUUCAUCGGAGCUGAUGACAACGCGGAAGUAGUUGCCGCGGCUCUGCAUACGUACGGGUUUCUGGCCACUCAAGUCGAAGAUGUUGAGCACGAAUCCGAAGAUGCAGUGGCAGCAUUUCUCGAUCAACUUGAUUCCAAUGACGUCAGAGUUCAGGUGGCGGCGGGGGAGAACAUCGCACUUCUAUACGAGAAAAGCUACACCCCUAGAGAAGACGAUGACACCCCCUCAGAAGACGAGGAUGGAAAUGAAUCUUCAGAUGAAGAAGGUGGACAUCGGGAUGAUAGUGGACUCGUCAAACGCUACAAUGCGUAUCACAACACCAACGAGGUUUCGGAGAAGGUCAAUGCUCUGGCUUCGUUGAGCACCAAAUCGAUGGGUCGCCGGGACAAACGGCUACUGCACCAGUCAUUCGCCACCAUUGCACAUACGAUCGACAAUCCCAAGAACGGUCUACAAUCCAACAACGCGUCGAAACUGGUGGUCCGGAUUCACCAUGAAGGUGAGAUGCGAGUGGACAAAUGGUGGAAGUUUAUGAGACUCAACGCCAUUCGACGACUUCUGGCUUCAGGGUUCGUCAACCAUUACUUUGAGGGAAAUAAGCAAGUUUUGGAUGCUUUGCCCAUGAUCAUGCGCGCCACAGGAGAAUCGGGUAUCAAAAGUCCCAGGAAGGGCGUGGCCAGCAAAGCGACCAAGGGCAAAUACCGCGACAGUCGAAGAUUCGUGUCGUGA